GUUAGCGAAUCAGUAAACAUGUCUAAAACACACUUAAUUUUGCUGUCGGCUGUCGUACUCAUAAUCAAGUCAUCACACGAAAAUGCCCUUGGACAAUUUGUAGUAGUCUCUACGCCUCCUUCGCCCUCCCUUGAUAACCCCACUGCAAAAGUAGAUAGCCUUCAACAACAUUUACACUUAAAAACAACACCCGAUAAAUCAAACCCUGGAACUCCUCCGAAAAACUGCAAAGAAGUACUAGAAAAGGGCCACAACGCUUCCAAUUUUUACUACAUUAAACCCUCGCUUCAGCCCUUCUUGGUUUUGUGCGACAUGAAAACGAGAGGGGGUGGAUGGACUUACGUUCUCAAUCGAUUUAAUGGCUCCCAAAAUUUUACUUUAGGUUGGGCUGACUACAAACGAGGUUUUGGCAAUAUAGGUGGAGAGUUCUGGUUAGGCCUAGACAACCUAUACCAUUUAACAGGUCACCAAGUUCAUGAAAUGCUCGUCGAACUGGAAGAUUGGGAGUCGAAGAAGGUCUACGCUUUGUACAAUUCUUUUAGUAUUGGGGGUGAAGAGGAGGGUUAUGCGUUGAAGCUUUUGGAGGGAUAUCAGGGUGACGCUGGAGAUUCUUUUAUCUAUCAUGCUGGGUCCAAGUUUAGUACGUUUGAUAAAGAUCAAGACGUUUGUGGGUGUAACUGCGCCCUCGAUAAGAGUGCGGGAUGGUGGUACCGAAGUUGUACCCAGAUGCUACUCACUGAUGGUAAAUAUUUUAAGAGAGGUGAAAAGACGAACAGUGACGGAAUUUAUUGGUUGGACUUUUGGGGAUUCACUUACAGUCUUAAGCAAGCGAGAAUGAUGAUAAGGCCACGAAAUAACGAGAAACCGAUUGUGUUACCUCAAGAGAACAUUCAUUAAGAGAAGAUUAAAAUACUGAAGAAAAAAUUAUAAAGGAUAAUUGUAUGUGUUGAUGAAAUAAAUAAUUUGUAGUAGAAAA